UCCAAGUUGACUUCUACCUGCCGUGUGAAGACUUUUAAACUCUUUCUCUCUCCUCUUUCUCGUGUAACAAAACGAAGAUCGCUUUGCCGUCCCCACUGUUUUUUCUGCGCUAUUUCCUGUUAUUUGGACAGUCUUCCAAUUUGCUUCUUACUUUGAAUAUGAUCCUCUCUUUACACUUCACCCUCUCAAUCGAUUUCUGUUUUAAACAGCCAAGUGCAAACUAAGCGAUUGUCCAACGUUCUAGUUAUUUAAAGCCAUGGGGUGUUUUCCUUUCUCUGAAAGAGCCAAUAAAAGGGAGCCAAAGGCAAUGAAGGUGGUAUCUAAUUUGUCAUCAAAUUCUGCCCUUGGUGAUGAAGAUGUAAAUAGAUCAGGCUCUGAUCUCAACUCACAAAAUGUCUCCGAUACAAGCACAGAUUCCAUACGGAAAAACUCAUUUUUCAGUAUGUCUCAGAGAUCUAGCUCCAAUUUGAGAGUAUUCACAUUUCACGAGCUAAAAUCUGCCACCAAAGGUUUCAGCCGAUCAGUUAGAAUUGGUGAGGGAGGAUUUGGAUGUGUCUAUAAGGGUAUGAUAAAGAGCUUAGAGGAUUCUCAUGUGAAGAUAGAUGUUGCUGUAAAACAGCUGGGGAAAAGAGGUCUGCAGGGCCAUAAAGAAUGGGUUACAGAAGUUAGUGUUUUAGGGGUGGUGGAGCAUCCCAACCUCGUCAAGUUAUUGGGUUAUUGUGCCGAUGAUGAUGAGAGAGGCAUUCAGCGGCUUCUAAUAUAUGAAUACAUGCCCAACGGAAGUGUCGAGGAUCAUUUAUCUUCUAGGUCUCGGACACUUCUCCCGUGGGCUAUGAGACUGAGAAUAGCCAGGGAUGCUGCUCGUGGUUUAACCUACCUUCAUGAGGAGAUGGAUUUCCAGAUUAUCUUUAGGGACUUUAAAUCCUCAAACAUACUAUUGGAUGAGCAGUGGAAUGCAAAAUUGUCAGAUUUUGGCCUUGCAAGGUUGGGCCCUCCAGAUGGACUGACACAUGUCUCGACUGCGAUUGUAGGAACACUGGGAUACGCUGCUCCUGAGUACAUCAGAACAGGACGGCUGACAUGCAAGAAUGAUGUAUGGAGUUAUGGGGUAUUCCUUUAUGAACUUAUAACAGGACGUCGUCCUAUAGACAAAAACCGACCAAAGAGUGAGCAAAGACUUAUAGACUGGGUGAGACCAUACCUUUCAGACUUGAAAAAGUUUGAAUUGAUUGUGGACCCAAGGCUUGGUAGAAACUAUCCUCUAAAAUCCAUACAUAAGCUUUCAGUAGUUGCCAACAGAUGCCUAGUUCGACAACCAAAAUCACGCCCAAAGAUGAGUGAUGUUCUAGAUAUGGUGAAUCAUAUUAUGGGGGCAUCAGCUGAGUUGGCGGUUCCCCUACAAAUUAUGAAUCCAGUUGCAGAUGAAGCUUCGAAAGAUGAACAUACCGAGUCAAAAUGUAACGAGGACAAUUGGUUUGCCCGUUUGUGGAGACACGCCCUUAGGAGGACAGUUUGAUGGGCAUUUGGCAGUAGCCUUUGCUAACAAGUUAUUUUUGUCGUAAACUUACAUGUGGAUGUCGAUGUGCAUGGGUUUCGCCAAUUGGAAGUGCUUUCUCCUAACCUGUGUCCUCUCACUCUGGGAUGGUGUAAAAACAAGCAAGAGUUGCCUUUCUCAGGAAAAUUAGAGAUCAAUUGUGUAUAUUGGGUGUAAUAGUAAUUAUUGUUUGAAUUGUAUUGUAUUGUAUUGUAUUAUGAGGAACUAAAGAUUCAUUAGUGACUUGUGAGUGUAAAUUGUAAAUUGGUUGUAAUAUCGGCUGGGGAUGGGGUUGAUCAGUGAUCAGUGAUCAGUGAUCAAUUUCCUCCGCCUUGUACGAACGAGAUUACUACAUACAUCUGUAGUUGUUUGGAGAGCUAAUUAGGCACCGUAGCAGGUUGCAGUUUUGAGAGGUUUAGCAACUACGGAGUAGUCCGUAUUACUCUUGUUACAUACAAACUUUUAUCUUCACUUCAUCAUACUCUUUCAUGUUCUAA